UGUUCGCUGCCACGUAUCACUUGCGACGGGAGAUCGGUACGGAGAGCCCGCGAGAAAAACUGUGGAUCGAAACGUUGCUCGCUCUGAGCGACAGAGCGAUGAUCUACGAGAGAACAACGAGAGAGAGAAAAUUUUGAGACGUUAAAUUCGUCGUUUCUACGGACGGUUGGAAUAACAGUGUGUGGGAGGUUGCGAUAUGAAGAAGAGUCGCGAUCUUCUCGAACGCGUGGCGGGAGUUGAAGGGAUGUGCGCCUAUCGCGUUUGGGAACGGGAGUAUAUCGAGUGUCUCGAGGUCUUGAGAGAUAGAUAUGAGAAUAGAGUUGAUCCUACGGUUACCGGAACGAUAAAUUCUCUGGUCUCUCGAGUAGCGCAGUUGGAGGGUGCGAGAUUCGCUUUGAGUCGACGUUUUGGUUACUUGGGUGCAAGAUACGACGGUUCGAAAGAAUUCGAAUGGGUGGAUAUCGAGACGGCCUUCGCGAAUCGCGUACGAACGGGUGCUGUGGUAAACAUCGAGUACGUCGAACCCCGACGGUUUCUCGAGGCUGCGAGGGCCACGGUGCUCGAGCGAGUACGGGUCGAUCUCGAUAUGCACGCGUGUUUAAAGGUCAAUACCGUGUUUCACGGGGAGUUCGUCGCGAAUAAUAAGAGCGCUGUUAAGAGCAUUCGCACGAGGAAUCGUCAGUUAUUCGGUAUGUCCGAUCUACGAGAAUGGUAUGACGGAGAUGUUAUAAAUGUUGUUCUGACGUCACUGGAAGAAUUUCAGGAACGCGACAGCGGUUGGGCGUUACUUCGGAUAUUAAAUUUGAUGAUCAAUGUGAACAAGUGUAAUCCUAUGCACGCUGGAUGUUGGAUGUCACUUCCUCCGAAAAUAAGAUAUAAGAGAGCCGUGAUUAACGUAUGUUCAAACGACAACGCGUGCUUCGCGUGGGCGGUGAUGGCCGCUCUAUAUCCCAUUGAUCUACACUCGGACAGACCGUCGUCGUAUCCUCACUAUUCGUUGGUGCUGAAUUUCGAUGGUAUUGACUUUCCUAUGAUACUACGAAACAUCACUAGAUUCGAACGUCUUAAUGAUUUGUCUAUCAACGUAUUUGCCAUUCGAGAGAAAAGGGAGAGGAACGGUAUCAUGAUCGUUCCCUUGUCGCUCAUGGGGAACAAGAAGUCUACGCACGUAAAUUUGCUCUAUCUGUCGAACGAGCGGCGCGGCGAUAACUUCGGUCACUUCGGAUAAAGCAUCUGUUUCGACCGUCGCAAAU